CCACCAUAGACGAUGGACCGUAAUUUUGGUGUAUCGAAAAGCAAAGAUCCGCAAAAUCACUUCACCGAGGCGGGAAUUGGAAGGCUCUCACUAAGAAGACUCAGUUUCACACUCACUCUCUCUCUCGCUCUCGCUCUCGCUCUCCUGGAAAAUGGCUGCCAUGGCGGAAGACACGACAAGGCAGAAGGAAGAAUUAGAUGGAUUACCAGUGGAAGAGGAAGACGACGAGCACGGUUCCAAGGAGAGGGUGGUACAGAAGUACUUUCUCUUAGAAUGGGAGCUCGUUAAAUCCCUCUUAAACGGGAUUGUUUCCGAAGGACGUGUCUCUGAUCCCUCCAUUCCUCAUAAGAUCCGAUCCAUUAUGGACAAGUAUCAAGAACAGGGGCAGCUACUGGAGCCUUACUUGGAGACCAUAGUUUCCCCUCUGAUGUUUAUUGUCCGUUCUAAAACGAUUGAGCUAGGUGUAGCUUCUGACGAAAUUUUUGAAGUUAUUAAGCCAAUAUGCAUCAUUCUUUAUUCUCUGGUCACUGUCUGUGGAUACAAGGCUGUAAUCAGGUUCUUUCCCCAUCAAGUUUCGGACUUGGAGCUAGCUGUCUCUCUCUUGGAGAAGUGUCAUUAUACAAAAUCUGUGUCGUCUCUCCGGCAGGAAAGUACAGGAGAAAUGGAAGCUAAAUGUGUAAUGCUUUUGUGGCUCUCAAUACUGGUCUUGGUUCCAUUUGAUAUCUCCAGUGUUGAUACGAGUAUAACAAGUAACACUAAUCUUGGUGAACAUGAGCCAGCUCCUUUGGUUUUGAAGAUUAUAGGAUUUUCCAAGGAUUAUUUGGCAAAUGCAGGCCCUAUGCGCUCUAUAUCUGCUCUUGUACUCUCUAAACUUCUAACACGUCCAGAUAUGCCAAAGGCCUUUUCCAGUUUUGUUGAUUGGACACAUGAAGUCCUAUCUUCUGUCGUAGAUGAUGCCAUGGAUCACUUCCGGUUACUUGGAGUUGUAGAAGCACUUACUGCCAUUUUUAAGAGUGGUGGACGGAACCUCUUGCUUGAUAUAGUUGCUAAAGUUUGGGAUGACACAGCAUUAUUGAUCAAGUCAAGUUAUGCAGCACGGAGUCCUUUGCUUCGCAAAUAUUUGAUGAAGUUAACUCAGCGGAUUGGGUUUAUUUGUCUCCCUCAUCGUAUACCUUCAUGGCGUUAUGUGAGCAAAACCACCUCAUUAGGAGAAAAUGUAUCUCUCUCUGCAUCCAGGGAAAGUGAUCAACACAGUUAUGGCACGAACGUUGUUGAUUGCGGCUCUGAUAAAACUUCCAGCUGCCUGCAGGAUGAAGAUAUAGAUGUUCCAGAAAUUGUUGAAGAAAUCAUUGAGAUGUUACUUACUGGUUUAAGAGACACAGAUACUGUAGUGCGUUGGUCUGCUGCAAAAGGUAUAGGCCGUAUUACUUCACGUCUUACAUCUGCCCUCUCAGAGGAGGUGCUCUCAUCUGUCUUGGAGCUAUUUUCACCUGGCGAGGGUGAUGGUUCUUGGCAUGGAGGUUGCUUAGCUUUGGCUGAAUUGGCUCGUAGAGGAUUGCUGUUGCCAGUUAGUCUUCCCAAUGUCGUACCUGUUGUUGCGAAGGCACUGCAUUAUGAUAUACGAAGGGGUCCACAUAGUGUUGGUUCUCAUGUACGCGAUGCUGCUGCUUAUGUUUGUUGGGCUUUUGGUCGUGCAUAUUAUCACUCAGAUAUGAGGAACAUUUUGGACCAACUUGCUCCGCAUCUUUUGUCGGUGGCCUGCUAUGACCGUGAGGUGAACUGUCGAAGAGCAGCAGCAGCAGCUUUUCAGGAGAAUGUUGGAAGACAAGGGAAUUACCCACAUGGCAUUGACAUUGUGAACACAGCAGAUUAUUUUUCACUUUCUUCUCGAGUACACUCCUACACUCAUGUUGCUGUGUUUAUUGCUCAAUUUGAGGGUUAUCUUUAUCCGUUUGCAGAGGAGCUUCUAUAUAACAAGAUCUGUCACUGGGAUAAAGGUUUGAGAGAACUUGCAGCAGAGGCUCUUUCUGCUCUUGUCAAGUAUGACCCAGUGUAUUUUGCGGACUCUGUUUUGGAAACACUAAUUCCUUGUACUCUUUCAUCUGACUUGUGCAUGCGUCAUGGGGCAACAUUGGCCGUUGGGGAACUUGUUUUGGCACUACAUCAAUGUGAUUACGCGCUUUCUUCUGAAAAACAAAAACGUGUUGCUGCUGUUGUUCCUGCUAUUGAGAAAGCACGCUUAUAUCGUGGAAAGGGUGGAGAGAUAAUGCGUUUAGCUGUUUCACGAUUCAUUGAAUGUAUAUCUUUAGUUCGUUUGUCAUUAACAGAAAAGAUAAAACGGAGUUUGCUUGAGACUCUAAACGAGAAUUUGAGGCAUCCUAAUUCUCAGAUUCAGGAUGCUGCUGUUAAAGCUCUGAAAGAGUUUGUUCUAGCAUACUUAGUUGCUCAUGACGUCGGAGGUACUAGUGAUAUAACGUCUAAGUAUCUUCUAUUGUUGGCUGAUCAAAAUGUUGCUGUGAGAAGAGGAUCAGCUUUGGCAAUAGGUGUUUUGCCAUAUGAACUAUUGGCCAAGAGGUGGAGGGAUGUCCUUACAAAGCUCUGUAGCUGUUGUGCAAUUGAGGAUAAUCCUGAUGAUAGAGAUGCUGAAGCACGAGUAAAUGCUGUGAAAGGACUUGUAUCAGUUUGUGAAAAAUUAACUCAAGAUCAAAAUAGUGAUGGUAGUAGACCUCUAGGGGAGGAUUAUAUGGAUUUGAUACUGCUGAUAAAAAAUGAAGUGAUGACGAGUCUAUUGAAAGCUCUUGAUGAUUAUUCUGUUGAUAACAGAGGUGAUGUGGGCUCUUGGGUUCGUGAGGCUGCCAUGGAUGGCCUUGAGAGAUGUACUUACAUACUUUGUAAUAGAGCUUCAGUUGGUUUAACUGAAAUUUCAGGUGAAGUUGAGCCUUCAUCAGAGCUUCAUAACAGUGAUCUGGUCGAGAAUAAUCAGUCAACUUCAAUUUUCGAUGCUAACCUUGCAACUACUGUUGUUGGGGGAAUAUGCAAGCAAGCUGUUGAGAAAAUGGACAAACUAAGAGAAGUGGCUGCUAUGGUUCUUCAGAGGAUUUUGUAUUGUAAGAUAGUUUAUAUCCCACAUAUACCUUACAGGGAAAAGCUGGAAGGAAUUGUUCCUGAGAAAACCGACUUGAAAUGGACUGUACCCUCUUUCUCAUAUCCACGCUUCGUACAAUUGCUUCAGUUCAGCUGUUAUAGCAGGUUAGUACUGUCUGGUCUAGUAAUCUCUAUUGGUGGCUUGCAAGAAUCUUUGAGGAAGUCAUCUCUGUCAGCAUUGUUGGACUAUCUUCAAGCUGUUGAAAUUGGAAACGAGGAUGAGAGAAAGUCUAGAGAAUAUAUGCUAUCAACCGACAUGCUUUGGGUACUCCAGAAUUACAGGAAGUGUGACAGGGUCAUUAUACCUACAUUAAAGACCAUUGAAAUUCUCUUCAGUAAUAAGAUAUUUCUGAAUAUGGAGGCUCACACCACGGUCUUUCUUGCUGGUGUGUUGGAUUCUCUGGAAGCUGAAUUAAAGGGAUCAAGAGACUUCUCCAAGUUAUAUGCAGGAAUCGCAAUACUUGGAUAUGUAGCUUCUACUUUGGAAAGCCCUGGAAAUGUUCAGGCUUUCUCUCAUCUUCUCAGCUUCUUAGGUCACCGGUACCCUAAGAUAAGGAAAGCUGCUGCUGAACAAGUAUACCUUGUGCUCCUGCAAAAUGGGGAUCUUGUGAAUGAGCACAAGAUUGAGAAGGCUCUUGAAAUAAUAUCAGAAACGUGUUGGGAUGGUGACUUAGAAGCAUCAAGGCUUGAAAGGUUAGAGUUGUAUGAUAUGGCCGGUCUUGACGCUGAGCUGCUUCGAAAAUUGAGUGGAGUACCUAAAAAGAACAGGGAGAGGAAGCCCACAGCGUCUGAUGAAAAUGCGUCAUAUUCUUCGUUAGUAGGGUCUUCUGGGUUUUAGUUUCACCAUUUUCGGCUUGAUCGUUUGUUCCCUUUGAUUAUUUCACCUUAAAUUUAUGCAUACCACUUGAGGAGGAAAUCUGAAUUAUUGGUAACUUAGUAGUGUUAUCUUAUGCUUUUGAAGCAUAAUAGUUGUGAGAAAGAUGAAAAAAGGGAAUGAUGAUAGGAAUGUCCGAGUCAAAAUUUGGAGUCCAACUUCGAUUAUUUUAAUAUAAUGAAACAUGUGUCCUUGAGUUCAGGAGUACGAGGACAUUUGAAUUUUGAAAA